CGCGAUGCUGGUGAGGAAAGUGCCGGGCUUCGUCCCGGCCUCGCCGUGGGGGCUGCGGCUGCCGCAGAAGUUCCUUUUCCUGCUCUUCCUCUCGGGCCUCGUCACCCUGUGCUUCGGCGCCCUGUUCCUGCUGCCCCACUCCUCUCGCCUCAAGCGCCUCUUCUCGGCCUCGCGGACCCAACAGCCCGGCCUGGAGGUGAUGGCCGAAAUCGCCGGCCACCACUCGGUGUCAGAGCAAGAGCCACCUCCCAACCCUGCCCCUGCGGCUCCGGCCCCGGGUGAGGACGAUCCCGACCGCCUGGUCGGAGUCCUCCGUAGGAAAGGGUGGCUGCGGCGAACCCGCCCCACCGGGCCCCGGGAGGAGGGCAACAGGGUUGCAGCCCUCAGGCCGCAGGAAGAGAGCGUCCGGUUCAAUUUCGACUACAAUGGUUUCCGCAGCCGCCUUAGACACCCGGUCUUGGGGACAAGGACUGAUGAGAGUAAGGAGUCUCAGAGUCUAGUGCGAGCUCAGCGAGAGAAAAUCAAAGAGAUGAUGCGGUUUUCAUGGCAGAAUUACCGCCGUUAUGCGAUGGGCAAGAAUGAGCUUCGGCCACUCACCAAGGACGGCUUCGAGGGCAGCAUGUUUGGCGGUCUCGGUGGGGCGACCAUCAUCGACUCUCUCGACACCCUCUACCUCAUGGAGCUGAAAGAGGAGUUCCAGGAGGCCAAGGCCUGGGUGCAAGACAGCUUCCACCUGAACGUGAGUGGAGAAGCAUCCUUGUUUGAAGUGAACAUCCGGUAUAUUGGAGGACUGCUCUCGGCCUUCUACCUGACGGGAGAAGAGGUGUUCCGAGUAAAGGCCAUCAAGCUGGGUGAGAAACUGCUGCCUGCCUUCAACACACCCACGGGCAUCCCCAAGGGCGUGGUGAACUUCAAAAGCGGUAGCUGGGGCUGGGCCACCGCGGGGAGCAGCAGCGUCCUGGCCGAGUUUGGCUCCCUGCACUUGGAAUUCUUGCAUCUCACCGAACUCUCUGGCAAUCCAGUCUUUGCAGAAAAGGUCAGAAAUAUCCGCAAGGUCCUCAGGGAGAUUGACAAGCCCUUCGGCCUCUACCCCAACUUCCUGAGCCCAGUGAGCGGGAACUGGGUGCAGCAUCAUGUCUCAGUCGGAGGACUUGGGGACAGUUUUUAUGAAUAUUUGAUCAAGUCCUGGUUGAUGUCUGCCAAAACAGAUACGGAGGCUAAAAAUAUGUACUACGAAGCCUUGGAGGCCAUAGAGACCUAUCUGGUGAAUGUCUCUCCCGGGGGUCUGACCUACAUUGCUGAGUGGCGCGGAGGAAUUCUGGACCACAAGAUGGGACACCUUGCCUGCUUCUCGGGGGGCAUGAUCGCCCUUGGUGCCGAGGAUGCCAAGGAAGAAAAAAAGGCCUACUACCGCGAGCUCGCAGCCCAGAUCACCAGGACGUGCCAUGAGUCCUAUGCCCGCUCAGACACCAAGCUGGGGCCUGAGGCCUUUUGGUUCAACUCUGGCCGAGAGGCGAUGGCCACACAGCUGAGCGAGAGCUACUACAUCCUGCGGCCUGAGGUGGUGGAGAGCUACAUGUACCUGUGGCGGCAGACACACGACCCCAUCUACAGGGAGUGGGGCUGGGAGGUGGUCAUGGCCCUGGAGAAACACUGCCGGACAGAAGCCGGCUUCUCGGGGAUCCAGGACGUGUACAGCAGUAACCCCAACCACGACAACAGGCAACAGAGCUUCUUCCUGGCUGAGACGCUGAAAUACCUCUAUCUUCUGUUCUCUGAAGAUAACGUGCUGUCGCUGGAAGACUGGGUGUUUAACACCGAGGCUCAUCCGCUGCCUGUCAACCGCUCAGACAGCUCCAGCACGGCUGGCCACCGUCACUGACCACCGUCGCCACGCCCGUGUCUCAGGGAUGCCUCUAUUCUCUUGGGAUCCGGGACCGUUCUCAGAGGCGCUGGGGACGGAAGGCCCACUGUGGGCAGACCCUGGACGGAUGUAUCGGACAGGCGACCUCUUUUCCUCUGUGAGGAGACAGGAGCUGGUGAUGUACCAGCAUGGGCCCCCCGGGCUGUGGUCCCCGGCGCCUACAUGUUCCUUUCUAUGGGGGAAUUUCUGUGUCCCCACACUUGCUGUCCCUGGGCCAAAGGACUGGAGGUUUGCAUAUCCAUCUCAUGUAUUUGAUUCCGUUUCCUUUCUGGUUUAGGGAAUUCAGUUUUACUUGACUUUACUUUUGCUUUGUUUUGUUUUGUUUUUCUCCCCAUUUGAUUUUUAUGACAAUUAUAAUUUUCAAAAUCAUGCACCGUCUCAAGCAGCAUCACUCAACUCAAGGAGACCUUAAGUGUUUGUACACACACACACACACACACACACACACAAACACUUGACCUUUCUGUUUUUAAUGCCUGUCACCCGACAUUGACUCUGUUCGACUUCUUGCCAUCUACCCUGUCAUUUGAGGAGGCGCCCCACUUUGGUCCCAAAUGUUACAAAUCACUAAUGCUAUUUUCAUUACUGUAAUGGAAAAAUAUGUGAAGUAGAAUAAAGGAGUUCAUUGAAUAAGAAAUAAGAUUGGACUCAUUGGCCACCAGAGGCUCCUGGGAAAAACUGUUCCAACAGUGUCAUCAGAAGCAAUCACCGCUGGCGCUGAGCUGAGGCGUGAUUUAGAAAAGCCGGUCCAGCAUCUCUGUCUCCCUAAAAUUGGCCCUAGUAAAUCUAGGACCUGUGAGGCCAGCCCUCUGGGUAGAAUUGGGCAUUGCAUACACAUUCUCAGAUGGAGGAUUGGAAGAGGCCCAGAGAGGUGACUCUGUUUGCCUGAGGUCACACAGCCAGAAAGAGGCAGAAGUACACCUUGCCUCAUCUGCUGUCAAUCAACAAUGCUUGGUGAGCCCUGCCCCCCACCAGGGUUAGAUGGUCUCCGCCCUGCAGUCAGGGCGCUCGGAUCAUAUGUGGUGCCUCUAUGUUAGUGGAAUGGCUAUAAAGCAUUGCAGAUACCAACAAGGAUACAUGCGGCGCCAACAGUAGCCAGGAGCUGGCUGGGGUUGAGGGACAAUAAACACAGUAAGAGCCAAAGACAAGUAGGCGCUCCGCAUAGACAAGGUCAUAGUGUGGUGGGUGAUACCUUCUAACCCGGACCCUCUUGUCACUCUCUCUGUGCCACCUCCCUGUGAACCCAGAAGCCAUCUGCAUGGCGAGGAAUCCAGGUCCCUAUAGGAAAUGCUGGGCUUUCCUUCCCAGCAGACCCUUCGUCAGACUGUGCUUGUCAACUGACCAUCAAGGUACUGGGGCUCCAGGCCUGGUGACCACACACACACACACACACACACACACACACACACACUGGGUGAGCCCAGACCCAUCACUUCACCUCUCUGGGCUGUUUUCCAUCAGCAGAAAUUCCACCUGCUAAGGUUGCUAUAAGAACCAGCAAGAUGCUCCUGAUACCCUGUGGUCCAGGAUCCACUGCCUCCUUGUUCUGGGGGCUCAGACAGUGCAGCUCUUCCUGGGCAGAGCUGUGCGUGCACAGUCCCCGUAGCAGGAACUCCGGCCCUCGGAACAUCAGUCACACACUUUGGUCAGGUGUCACAGAACGGGGUCUUCUGCUCCUCACAGCACACACAUCAAAGGAAAGAGGGCACUCUCUGUACAAAUGCUGUAGGCAAUUAAGAAACCAAGAUAAUCAGAAAGGAAAUAUGGUCACCACCCUACUCCGGAAUGAAUACUGUUAUAUUUUCUUCUAGACCUUUUUCUAUGAAUAUAUAGAAAAUAUAUUUUGCAAACAUGGUGUCAGCCUAUGCAUAUUGUUUUCUUAUAAUCUGCUUUUGCACUUAACUAUAUAUUGUGAACAUCUUUCCAUGUCAAAAAAAUAUACACGUAUGUCAGCACUCUU